AGGAAAAGUGGGUGAAAGUUUGUAGAAAUGUACUUUAACAUGCUUAAAGCUCUUUCUGCAUUCUACCAAGUUCUUGUCCAAAAGAAAAUAUUUCAAACCUUCAGACAAACAAACAUGUUUAUUGCAACUUUAUCACCUUUCUUUAUUUAACUUGAAAGACAUUAACGAGUCCCUCUGACUGGUGAAAACAAGGAGGUCCACUGAGAGUUCUACAGGGACCCUCUCGAGCCUAUUUUGCUCAUAUUUGGACCUUCUGGUCCUUCUUUAAAAACACUGACACGGGCUCUGCUCUUCUCCUAAGCAUGAGCUCAUCCAACUCCAGCGCGAGAUUCAUCCCCCUUUCUGUCGACUUCACCCUCCCUGAACAUUAUCUCAUAUACGCUUUUCACAUCACCUUCGCCACGUGCGCCGCCGUGCUGGCCGGCUCGGUGCUCGUGGGCAUUCUGAGAGACAGAAACCUGCGCGCGCAGAACAGGUUCGUUUUCAUGAUCAACACGAGCAUCUGCGACACACUGACGGGUCUAUCCGUCUUCUAUCUGGGUCUGUUUGAUGUGCAGGAGGGAUACCCGUCCAGAAACGGGACCUUCCUCAUCCUGCCCUCUCUGUUAGGAGUGAACAUCAUCACCUUCAUGUUCGCUCAGUUUGAUCGUUACUGCGCGGUGUGUCACCCCUUCUUCUACAACCGCUACAUCUCCAGAUCUGUGGUGAUCGGGGUCUGCGUUUACCCCUGGGUUCACGUUUACGCGCAGCUGGUUGCAACUAGUAUCGUGCCUCUGGUUUACGCCGCCCAGAUCUACGCCUUCAGCAUAGCCUGCCUGCAGAUCAUAGUGGUGACCAAGGUGGUGAUGACGGUCAAGCUGUACCUGGUGGCUGAGUCUCAGCUGAAGCGCGAUCCUCCGGGAGCGGAAAGGGACGGUAAGAAGGAGUCUCUGCGCAUCAUCAUAGUGGUGGUCAUCCUCUUCUUGACUCUCUGGAUGCCGUCCUUCGUCAACAUCAUCCUGAGGCAGGUGAGCAGGUCCGGUCUGGUCUUCAGGAACGAGGCCACCAACGCUUUCGCCAUCAUGGCGCGGCUGAACGCGGUCAGCACCCCCGCGGUCUACCUGUGGGGCAGCCCUGCGCUGCGCGCGGCCGUGUGGCGCGCGGGCUGGAACAAAGUCCUACCUGAGUGGACAAGAUCCAGUCAGAAAAACACCACCUAGAAGCAAUAAGUGAAGACUGCAUCGCCUACUUUUUAUAACAUCAUUAUUAAAGUGUCUGCAAACCA